AUGGAACACCGCGUCGGCGCCGUCGUGACGAUGCUCUGUCUGACACACCGCUGGUCAGCCGGUUGGUGGUGGAACGUCGCAUCGACAUCGUCUAGAGGAGGCUCCGCCUCGUACGCCGUUGAUCAGCCGGUGGGAUGGAUCUCCGAAUUGGCACCGUCGACACGCGCCCAUCUGGUGCACCGUAGGAGACCGCAGGCUUGCGGCAAUGCCGUAAGCCAUUGGCAAAUUCGAGUCGUUCUUCCACUGCCAAAAAAACUCGUGGCCCACAGUGGAGUUCGGCCGCGCCGGCACAUCAAGCAGCCCCUAUUCAGGGGUCAGGGCACUGCUUCCUUCGGGGGGGCCUGGAAAAGCUGGCCUAAAAAUUGCUGGGAAACCACGUCGUCUGCUGGCGCACCGUGGUCGCAGACGCAAAACUCACGGUCGAAACAAUCAAACUCGAAUCAACAACAGCAACAACAACAACAACAACAACCAUACUCAUUCUCCUCAUCCUACCUCUUCUACCUCUACCUCCGUCUAUUCUUCUGCCUAUUCUUCUCCUUCGUCAUCUUCUUCUCCACCUCCUUCCCAUCGCCCCACUCGUCUUCCCCAGACUGACAGGGUGAGCCCGCUCACUCUGGCAGCCUGGAAUGUUCGUUCCCUUUUGGACAAUCCGAGGAGCAACCGACCGGAACGGAGGACGGCGCUAGUGGCACGUGAACUGGCGCGCUACAAGGUGGACAUCGCCGCACUCAGCGAGACCCGGUUCUCCGAACAAGGCCAACUGGAGGAGGUGGGUGCCGGUUAUACCUUCUUCUGGAGUGGCCGACCCAGGGCAGAGCGACGAGACGCGGGCGUCACCUUCGCCAUCCGGACCGACAUCAUGGGACGACUGCCCUGUUUGCCGCAGGGCAUCAACGAUCGCCUGAUGAGCCUCCGCCUGCCUCUCUGGGGAGGCAAAUUCGCCACCAUCAUCAGCGCCUACGCUCCGACGAUGACCAACCCGACGCCGUCAGAGACAAAUUCUACGAGGACCUGCACGCUCUCUUGGCGACUGUGUCGAAGGCGGACAAGUUGAUUGUCCUUGGUGACUUCAACGCCCGCGUCGGCACAGACCAUACUGCCUGGAGGGGAGUGCUGGGUCCCCACGGUCUCCGCGGCUCCAACGACAACGGCCUGCUUCUCCUCCGCACCUGCGCAGAACACCGCCUCACCCUGACGAAUACCUUCUUCUGUCUGCCGGUGCGAGAGAAGGCCACCUCGAGGCAUCCUCGGUCGCGUCAGUGGCACCUGCUGGACUAUGUCCUCGUCCGGAGGCGAGAUCAGUGGGACGUGCUGGUGACGAAGGCGAUCGCGGGUGCUGACGGGUGGACCGACCAUCGCCUCGUCAACUCGAAGAUGCGUAUUCGCCUACAGCCUCGCAGGAGACCACAAGGUAAGCGACCCCCAGGUAAGCUGAAUGUUGCUUUGUUGUCUUUGCCUGCUCAUUGUCUCCAUUUCAGCAAUGAGCUAGCUCAACGGCUAGACAACCUUCCUAUUGCUGCCGCCGCCGACGAAACCACCGCCGCUGCCGAGACCGCCUCCGUGGAGAACCGCUGGUGUCAACUGCGUGACACAGUCCAGUCGACGGCGCUCGCCGUCCUCGGUCGCGCUCCCAGCCAACACCAGGACUGGUUCGACGACAACGACGCUGCCAUCAGAAAUCUGCUUGCCGAGAAGAACCGCCUACACAAAGCCUACGUAGAGCACCCAACUGAGGGCAACAAAGCUGCCUUCUACCGCAGUCGCCGACAGCUUCAGCAACGACUGCGCGAGAAGUAG